CCGACUCGUUUUUUAGGAACGGAGUCAAAAAAAACCGACUCUCUUCAAAGAACCGAAAUGCCCUUUUCACACAGCACAGACGCGACCAAGAUGGCGGACUGAGCUGAUCUUGUUGUCCGGAGCUCGCGACAAAAGUUUCCAACGUACGACAAAAACACCAUCCUAACUUCACGGCGAAGGCAGCGAUGAAUGUCUUAAAGAUUAGUGUUUUGAAAACAUUAUUUUCUAAAAGCCGAGAAACGGAAGUUGACUUCGGAGCGACGGCGUGUUACCGGAAGUGAAGAUUGAAGACGUGAUAGAAGAUGGACGACUACUGCUAUGCUAAGAUGGCGACGUCAUGGAAAAGAGAAUCAGCAACUUCCAGCAAAUCAACAACGGAGGAAAAGACGAAAAGUACAGAUGAAGACAUCCAGCAGCUAAAUGGUCAUGUGGAAGAACUUCCCCCUCAGUGGCAGGAAGCGGAUCUCCCCGAGCUGCCGCUAGUUGUUGUCGCUGUGAAGACUGAAGACCACGAUGACGAACCACAGUCUUUUCAUUCUUUGGGUCUUGCAGACGUCCAGCGUCUUAUUGGUCUUCCAGAAGAACUCCCUCCUCUGCCGCGAGGGGGAGGCUCCACUUUGAAGCAGGAGGAUCCACAGCCCCCCCACAUUAAAAAGGAAGAGGAGGAACUUUGGGUCACGAAGGAGGGAGAGGGUCUCACGGAUAUCACAAAGUUGCUCCUGGAGACUGAAGAUGAUGAAAAGAAACCAAAACCAGGCAACCUCUUAGCUCCGCUAUCAGAUAGUGAGGCUGAAGACGAGGUUGAAGUACCUUUGAGCAGCGAUACAGAUAUGAGGACUCACACUGGCAACAAACUCUCUAAAUGUCCCGAAAAGAAGACGGGUGAAAAAUGUUUUAGUUGCUCAGUUUGUGCUAAAAGCUUUAGCAAAAAUUGCAAUUUGACUCAACACAUGAGAACUCACGCAGAAGAAAAGCCAUUCAGUUGUUCAGUUUGCGGUCGAGGAUUCACUCAGAAGGCAAGCAUGGAUGCACACAUGGCGACGCAUGCGGAAAGAAGACAUUUCCGUUGCUCCGUUUGCAGUGCCGGCUUUGCGCACAGGCAGAGUUUGUCCCGGCACAUGCUGAAACACACCGGAGAGAAACCCUUCAGUUGUUCAGCAUGUGGCAAAAGGUUCUCUUUCAAAUACCUGAUGGUAAAACACACGCGGACACACACAAGAGAAAAACACUUCGGUUGCUCAGUUUGCGGUCACGUAUUUCCAGAGAAGGCAACCAUGGUAACGCACAUGAAAAUGCACAAAGAGGAGAAACCUUUUUGUUGCACUGUAUGCGCUAAAAGAUUCGCUCAGAAGUCAAGUAUGGUGAAACACAUGAAAACGCACACACGUGAUGAACAAUUGAGUUGCUCAGUUUGUGGCGACAUGUUCACUGAGAAGGCAACUUUGGUAGCACACAUGAAAGCGCACAAAGAAGAAACCCCCAUUCGUUGCUCAGUCUGUGGCAAAUUAUAUCGUUACAAACAAAACUUGUCCCGACACAUGCUGAAACACACCGGAGAAAAACCCUUUAGUUGUUCAGUUUGCGGGAAAGGAUUCUCCCUGAAAUAUUCAAUGGUUGCCCAUAUGAGAAGGCACACGGGAGAGCAACCAUUUCUCUGCUCAGUUUGCGGCAAGUUGUUCACCUUGAAGGCAUCUUUGUCAAUGCACAUGAGAACGCACGCGGACCAAAAACCGUUCCGUUGCUCAGUUUGCGGCAAAUUCUUUUGCUACAGACAGACUUUGACGAGACACACGCUGAGACACACUGGAGAAAAACCCUUCGGUUGUUCAGUGUGUGGCAAAGGAUUCACCUGCAAGGAAACUAGAGAAAUGCACAUGAAAAUGCACACGGAAGAAAACCUGUUUUGUUGCUCCGUUUGUGGCGAAUUAUUUUGUUACAGACAAAGUUUGACCCGACACAUGCUGAAACACAACGGAGAGAAACCCUUCAGUUGUUCAGUUUGCGGUAGAAGUUUCUCGCUGAAAUACUUGUUGGUGAAACACGCCAGGACACACAACAGAGAGAAACCUUUCAGUUGUUCAGUCUGCGGCAAAAGAUACUCGGACGAGAAAGGUAUUCAUGCACACAUGAGAACACACAGAUGAGAAUAGUCUUUUUACGUGCUCGGUAGGGGGUGACGGUUGAACUAUAAGAAUGGGUUGACAGCACACAAUUUGUGCGGAAAGAUUCCCAAAUCAUAAAAGUGUAAAGUUCCAUGAGAGAACUCACCUAAAAAAGUGACGGUCUGUGGUGCUAAGUAGGGCUGCAGCUAACGAUUAUUUUUCUAUCGAUUAAUCUAUAGAUUAUUUUUUCGAUUAAUCGGUUAAUCUAUAGAUUAUUUUUUCGAUUAAUCUAUAGAUUAUUUUUCCUUUUACCGAUUUUUUUUUUUUUUUUAAAUGAAGAGGAAAAAAUAAAUGUAGGCCAGUUUUUUCAAAAGGCAUGGCUUUUAUUUACAAAAAAAAAAGUAUGGCCACUCAGUCAACAUUGAC